AUGCCGCCCAAGUCCAAAGCCAAGAAGGCGGCCAAGAAGGAGCCGGAGCUCAAGUACAUCCAAUAUGACGGCCAGAAGGAGGAGCACUACCUCCCCGCCAUCCGGCAGCUCAUCUCCAAGGACCUGUCGGAGCCGUACAGCAUCUACGUGUACCGCUACUUCCUCUACCAAUGGGGCGACCUCUGCUACAUGGCCCUAGACGACAAGUCGAACCUGAUCGGUGUCGUCGUGUCCAAACUCGAGCCGCACCGCAGCGGCACCUUCCGCGGGUACAUUGCCAUGCUGGCGGUGCAAGAGGAGUACCGCGGCCGCGGCAUCGCCAGCAAGCUCGUCAAGAUGGCCAUCGACGCCAUGGCCGGCCGCGACGCCGACGAGGUCGUCCUCGAGACCGAAAUCACAAACACCGCUUCCAUGCGCCUCUACGAGCGCCUCGGCUUCCUCCGCAGCAAGCGCCUCCACCGCUACUAUCUCAAUGGGAAUACCGCGUUUCGCUUGGUGCUGUACUUGAAAGAGGGCGCGGGCUUGAAACGCCCCUUGGAGCCUGGAAUGGGCGGCGUGCCUCCGCUGCAUGCUUCGGAGCAGUUCUAUUGA